CGCAGGUUGAUGGAUAGACAGACAGUUUAAUGCUCCAGGCAUCACCAGCCGCUGGUAUGACGCUACAGAGCGGUGUGCGAUUCUGCCAGACAAAUACCGAUAAGAUCCAAUGAAUGGUUGCACACCGCCUUCCCCUUCCAUGCACCCUUUACGACACCUGGCACUCUACAUGAUCGUCCUUGUCUUAUACGGAGUAUCUGUAUAGAGAUCGCUCGUGAUCGCUGUUGGUUUUAGAAUUCAAAUUAACAGAUUUACUUAGGCGCUCCAUCGAGCUUGAUCGAUUAAUGGGCUUGCGCGGAAUAAGUUAAAGUUUGCUGCCUGCAACAACUCGACUGAACAGCAUUACUGCUGUUUUACUACAAUAUGGCACCUACAGAUCGCUCAUUGUCAUUGAAGAGCCUGCCUAUGAGAGAUGCCUCUGUUUCAGGACUUCUUGCUCCAGAUGGCUAUCCACAAACUCCCUCAACACCAAGAGGGAUCACUCCACUCAUAUCCAAAGUAACCAGUGUCCUUUCAACGACUCAUUCUGAUACUGAGUUUCGAGACGCUCUCGCUCUUCUUGAUGAACGUGGAAUCCAAAACGAUGCCGAAACUCGUCGGCGUGUUCGACUAGACCUACAAAAAGAAGUCAUUGACAGUAAUGGAGAAGUUAUUGCCGAAUUUGGGCGGGUUGCAGAGCAACUUCGGCGUAUCAAAACAACUAUUGACAAGCUUAACAAUGGUUACGCGGACAUGAAAAGCCAAGUUGUCGAAGCUCAUAGGCAGACAUCGCCAGCACUCUCCGAGGCAUCCUCUCUCCUGGAGCAAAAGAGACAGGUUGAGGUGAAGCAAGAGCUUCUCGGUGCUUUCAAGAAGCAUUUUGUCAUGUCGGAGAAUGAGGUUGCCGCACUUACUCAAACAGCUGAGCCAGUAGAUGACCGCUUCUUCGAUGCCUUGAGCAAAGCGAAAAAGAUCAGCAAAGAUUGUGAGAUCCUGCUUGGAUUCGAGAAACAGACUUUGGGUCUAGAACUGAUGGAGCAAACGUCAAAGAACAUCAAUCUUGGUUUCCAAAAGCUUUACAAAUGGAUACAGCGAGAGUUCAAGACAUUGAAUCUCGAAAAUCCGCAGAUGAACUCAUCAAUUCGCCGGGCAUUGCGAGUUCUUGCCGAAAGGCCGUCACUGUUCCAGAACUGCCUAGACUUUUUCUCCGAGGCUCGAGAACGAAUCCUUUCAGACUCGUUCUAUGUCGCUUUGACAGGUGCCUCGCCCUCUGGUACUGAAGAUCCCUCUGUCAAGCCCAUCGACAUGCUGGCACAUGAUCCGCUACGCUACGUGGGUGACAUGCUAGCUUGGAUUCAUUCAGCCACUGUCAGUGAACGUGAGGCAUUGGAGGUUUUGUUUGUCGCAGAGGGGGAGGAACUUGCCAAGGGUUUCAAAUCUGGCCGAGACGCAGAGAUCUGGCGCCUCAUUGCAGAGGACGAUGAGGCUGAGGCUGACUUUAAUGCGCUCAAGGCACUGAACGACCUAGUCGACCGCGAUAUCUCUGGAGCGGCCCGCGUGCUUCGCCAAAGGAUGGAGCAGGUGAUCCAAGCCAACGAAGACACCAUACCCGCCUAUAAACUCGCAAAUCUGAUCAAUUUCUACCGGAUCACUUUCCAAAAAACGCUCGGUCCCAACUCCAACUUGGUAGAGUUGAUUGGAGGCCUGGAAACAGAGGCCUUACGCCAGUUCCGAGCACUUGUCAGAGAUCACAUUGCAACUCUACAGGGAGAAUUCCAGCACGCUCCAUUAGACCUUGGCCCACCUGCAUUUUUACAAGAUUCGCUCAAACAACUUAAGGCCAUCAUCAAAACUUACGACUCCUCCUUAUCGACCUCGGAGGAUCGCGAGAGCGAGUUCGAGAAUGUGCUUUUGGAAGCCUUUGAACCAUUCAUGUCCGGUUGUGAAAACAUGGCUAAGAACAUGAAUGCCCAGAACGGUGCGAUCUUCCUGAUUAAUUGUAUAUCUUCUGCGAUAGCAUGUCUAGAGCCGUUCGAGUUCACGCAACGUCGAACUAAACGACUGCGAGAGAAGUCAGAUGAUGCGGCUAAAGGACUCAUUACAAGUCAAUACCAAUUCCUUCGAAAGGGGUCAGGGUUAGAUGCAAUUUUCACGAAGCUGGAGGAGGAUGACGACAAGAACGCUUCCUUGCUGGAUGACAAAGAGCUCGCUCAAGCAAGCCAGAGAUUGGAUGACUUUCUGCCAUCAGCACUCAUGGACGCUAUGGAUAAUCUGAAGCACCUGCAGGAUUCGAAGUUGGCUCGACAAAUUACUGAGGAGGCAGCAGAACAGUUCUGCAAUGACUUUGAACAGCUAGAAGAGGUUAUAACUGAGGGGGAUGAUGAAUCUGUUGAUUCAGAAGAGGACGAAGGUCUACGCUGUUCUUGGGCGCUCUAUCAUAGCUCAUUAGAUGGGCGGUGCGAUCCUGGACUACGUCACCGCCUGCCCAAGUUUAACCUGCUAAUCCAUGUCAGGGCCCUGGCUGUUUUGCAGAAGACCUACGAUGAUAGUUAUCUAAGUUGCUCGACUGCUAUUUACUAUGAAGGCCAGGGUAAUGAGAUAGAAGCCAUGCGACAUUGGCGAGCUGCCCUUGAUCAGAUCUAUGAUUACAAUGCAAAUCGGGCACCCCCCGCAUAUGGCCCACGUACAGACACCGAGAAAGCCUUACAAGAGGCUCUGAAACAGCUCGAAUUACAAUGUAAAGAACGAAUCGAUCUUCUGGAAGCUCUCAGAAUCUCGCGGCAAGAAGAGAUGACCACCCCGCAACCACCACCCGGCAAGUUGACAAAGCGACCAAGUAUUCCUGAGGGAAGAGGUUCUCUUGGACAGGGCACAAUCACCGCCAUGCAGUAUUCUGAACUAUCACGACCAACCCUUCCACACCGUCCAUCACAGCCUCGGCGUACAUCAUCAGAACUCGCUAUCGUGGAUGGACCCAGCACACAUCUAGAUCCAAACAUGGCCUUCCCGUCGCUCUCUCGGUCUGCAUCGCCUGGAGGACCAGCUCUACCACCGAGACCGAACAAGACUUUACGGGCACCAAGCCCAGAAAAGCACACCAUGAGGACGACUUUACGUUCCGGUAAAUUAGGAGAAAAGUCCACCAAACCGCGAAAGCCAGCAAAGCCACUCACCGAAGGAUCAAGCAAAGCAGCGACUUUGGCAUGGAGCGCGCUCGGUUCAAGGGAAAGAUUCGCGAGGGGGGCCCAGUCGGAGUCCACUCCAGCAACAGCGAGCCCUAGCUCUCGCACUUCCUUGGAUCAAAUUCGCAGGCCAGUACCAACGCAAUGGGAUAGUCACUCGAGGCGUUUGGUUGUGCCAAAGGACCGCGAUCUUGAUGGAGAACCUUCAGGAAAUACACGACACUCUGAUGAGUACUGUUACGCCCGUCCAUCCAUGCUAUCGGUCACUGCUGCUUCCAGUGCUUUAAAUUCGUCUUCGUAUCAAGAUUUACCUUCAUCAGAUGCUUACACAAGUCGAACGGAUCGAUUGCCCAACUCGCGCAACGGAUUCGCUUCGCCAUCGCCACGCAAAGUAUCGAGGCAAGAGCGAGCCAACGAUACUGAGACCGGCGACGAUUCUGGAGAGGCAUCAGAGAGGAGAAGUGUGUCAAACAACUUACCAACCCGUAGUCCAGCAGCGAGGCAGCCUGGAAGAUCUUUAAAACCCUCAAGGCCUCAUGCUGAGAGCAGAGAUAGGUCACGACGGCGUGAACGCAAGGUUCGGCAAGUUUCCACCUCAAGCGCCUCUGACGAUGACACGAAUGGGACAAGUUCCAGACCACGUCGAGUGAAGGAGAAAGAAGCUCCUAUAGAAGCCGGUUCCCAAGAGAAUGAUUCAGAUGCGUCUGAAUCAGAGACUUUAGAAAAGUCCCCUGACGAUAUGAGUGAAUGGAAAAACAAGAAGAAGCAAAUUUUGAAGAACCUGCCCGCUGGCGUCGAUACAGCAGCCGCCAAGCAAAUAUUGAACGAUAUUGUCGUUCAAGGUGAUGAGGUUCAUUGGAGUGAUGUGGCUGGUCUUGAAAUUGCAAAGAACGCACUUCGAGAGACUGUUGUUUAUCCAUUUUUACGGCCCGAUCUUUUCAUGGGCCUCCGAGAACCAGCCAGAGGAAUGCUCCUAUUCGGACCGCCAGGAACAGGAAAGACUAUGCUCGCGAGGGCUGUGGCAACAGAGUCUAAGUCAACAUUCUUUUCGAUUUCGGCAAGCAGCCUGACAAGCAAAUACUUGGGAGAGUCGGAAAAGCUGGUACGAGCUCUUUUUGGAUUGGCCCGGACACUGGCACCCAGUAUUAUCUUUGUGGACGAGAUCGACUCGCUGCUUUCACAGAGAUCAGGGUCUGGAGAGCACGAAGCCACCAUGAGGAUUAAGACAGAGUUUCUUAUUCAGUGGAGCGAUCUUCAACGUGCUGCUGCUGGAAGAGAAGCGACCGAGAAAGACAAGGAAAGGGGGGACGCCAACCGAGUCCUUGUGUUGGCGGCGACGAACCUCCCCUGGGCAAUUGACGAGGCGGCUCGAAGACGUUUUGUGCGACGACAAUACAUCCCGCUACCUGAACCGACUACUCGCGAGACACAGCUCAGGACCCUUCUGGGUCAGCAGAAACAUGACUUGUCUAAUGAUGAUAUCCUCAAGUUGGUGGAAUUGACAGAUGGUUUUUCAGGUUCAGAUAUUACAGCCUUGGCUAAGGAUGCAGCCAUGGGACCAUUGCGAUCCCUUGGAGAGGCACUGUUACACAUGACUAUGGAUGAGAUCCGACCAAUUCAAUUGUCCGAUUUCGAGGCGAGCUUGACGACCAUACGGCCGAGUGUCAGUAAAGCUGGUCUAAAAGAGUACGAAGACUGGGCGACAGAGUUUGGAGAAAGGGGGGGAUAGAUAGACUGCAAUUAUUCUGGUAAACAAACAUGUAACAAAAAGGCACAGGUACAUUAUAUGCGCAGGGGCAUCAUGGAUAGCACAACCCCAGUCCGACACACUGGGCUACGGGUAAAGGAG